AUGGAAAAGCCAAAAAGAAGAAUGCAGCUUGAGAUGCAGGAUUUGGAGGGGAUUAAAAUUCAAGUUACAUUGUGGGAUGCCUUCGUUGAGGAAUUGAAUGAUUAUGUUUGUACAAACAAGGACAAGGGGAUUGUUGUUCUUGUUAUUCAAUUCGCAAUGGUCAAAAUUUACAGAGCGUACUUCAUACAGGCGAAAUCACUAAUUGUAUUAGGAACGGUGAAAGCAUUUAGGAAGGAUGUCCCUUGGUUUUACAUGGGUUGCAUGAGGUGUAACCGCAAGGUUCGACCCACGUACAUUAUUAUUGACAAGGAUGAUGGAUCUGGUAUGAAAGAAGAGAGGGAAAAUUUUGAUUGUACGACUAAUAGAUGCAGAGGUAAACAAACAGAAGUGUUGCCAAAGUUCAGAAUUUCUUUGAGAGUUCAAGAUGAUACUGGAAUUGUAACAUUGACAUUAUUUAAUCGAGAAGCUAAUAAAGUUUUGAAUCAAACGACAACAGAGUUGUAUGAAAAAGUUAAAGAGAGUGGUGAUUUAGACAUGUUUCCGGAUGAGUUGGAUGUUUUGCUUGAUCGGAGGUUUGCAAUAAAGAUUGACAUAACUGAUUACAAUAUUAAGAACAACUGUUUCAUUUAUGGCAUUUCAAGGUUAACAGAUGAUGAUGCCAUUUUGAGUGAAUUGGAGAUGGGAUGCGCUUCUCAACAACCUGCUGAAUCAGAAUCAGUAAAUCUGCAUUCAACAAAUUUCAGUUCCCAAGAUAAGUUAAAGGAUGUUGUUUCAUAUACUGGUGAGAAUGCAACACCAUCCGAUGUAGAUAAGAGCACUGCAGACAGUCCAGAAUCAAAAGAAAAGUUGUGUGAGAGAAGGCUUGGCAAAAGAGUUGAAAGGAAACGGCUUUUUGAAAGUUCGUCUGAUGCCGAUCAGGAAGGAAAAUGA